AUGCUCCGCCUCACCCUCCUUUCGGCUGCGGCCAUCUCUGCCGUCCGUGCCUCGGUCGUCUCGACCUCCGUCUUCCCCAACUCGGCCUGCUCCGGCGCGUCCAACUCGCUCAGCGGCCUCGUCGGUGUCGGCAAGGUCACCCUGAACAACGGCCAGGUCGAGCUGCACUGCGGCUGCGCCUCGGACGGCCUCGCCGACUUUGAGGCAUGCCCGUCGUCGUCGCAUGGCGAGAGCGUCUGCAACGGCGUCUACAACAUCGAGUCGGGCGAGUUCACCGCGUCUGACUGCCCGACGACCGUCGUCAACACGGUUGCCGUCGACGAGAACGACUGCUACAACUCGGAGAAGGGCUCGAUCGGUGUCGUGACCGUCGACGGCGAGGCCAAGUGCGGCUGCUCUGCUGAGGCUGAUGGCGCCGAGUUCGAGGCUUGCCCCUCGCCUGCCAACGGCCGCGCGACCUGCGUCCAGACCGACAACGACUUCCUUGGCGGUGCCUACGACCACAAGGUCAAGGUCGAGUGCGGCGUCACCUGCGACGAGGGCUUCUUCCUCACCCCGGGCGGCAAGUGCAUCCAGUUCGCCAAGCGCGCUGUCUCUGGACCGUCGGGCGGCUUCCACUCGAUGGGCCCCGGCAAGGUCGGCCCCUCGUCGACCUGGCCCGGCUACGGCUCGUCGACCCCCUCGACGGCCACCCCGACUUCGCGUCACCCGCAUCACGCUCACUCGACGACCCCUAGCUCGUCCGCCACAACGACUUCGUAUUCGUACAAGCAUCAUCACCACCACAAGUCGUCGUCGGCGUCGGGCCACCCGAGCGCGAGCACCAAGCUUCCUUUCCACUCGCGCGUCUCGUCGCACUCGAUGCACACGUCGUCGACUUCCAAGCAUCACGGCCAUCACGCUCACCCUACGACGCCCUCCAGCUCGCAGUCGACGACUCGCCCGUACAAGCAUCACCACCACGGCUCGUCGAAGCCUCACCACGGCUCGUCGACGAAGGUUCCCUUUGUCUCUCGUACGCCCUCGACCUCGGCCUCGACUAGCCCUGCAACCAAGGUUCCCUUCAAGUCGCGCACCUCGUCGCACCAUUACGGCUCGUCGACCCACGGCCACCACACCGCCCCGACUUCGCGCCACCCUCAUCACGCGCAUCCGACUUCGGGCGCGUCGACCUCGAGCACGACGAGCUACUCGUACAAGCACCACCACCAUCACAAGACCCAUGGCCCCGGAUCGUCUUCGACCGGCCACCCUUCGACGAAAGUCCCCUUCGCCUCGCGCACCCCUACGAGCGCUCCUGCCGGCUCGCCCACGACUACGCCCGCUUCGACGAGCACGACCUCGUACCCUGGCCCCGGCAAGGUCGGCCCCUCGCCUGGCCCCUCGCAGCGCGCUCGCCGCGCCGGUGAGGAGUUCGUCUUCUCGGACGCUUGCGCCCAGGACGAGCGCACCUGCCCGUCGGGCGACUUUGGCGACUUCUCGUGCGUCCGCCUCGACGACAUCACCGAGUGCGGCGGCUGCCACUCGACCAACGACGCCAAGAACUGCCUCGAGAUCGUCGGCGCCUCGUCGGUUGCCUGCCUCCGCGGCGGCUGCGUCGUCCGCUCGUGCCAGGUCGGCUACGUCCAGACGUCCGAGGGCACCUGCGAGCUCAAGGCGUAA